AUGACCUGGAUUUCAAAGGCCAUCACAACCUUUGGUCUGGUGCUCGUAGCACAUGCCUGCUACUCGGCCCAGGAGCACUCGGCGCUGCAAUCCCUCCGGGCCACCAGCGCCGCCCUAUCGUCCACGCCCGCGUCCACAUCACUACCCAUCGAUAUAUCCAUCGAGACCAUAGUCGGGCUGUUCGUCACGGUGCUGGGGCUUGUCGCUGGCACGCCGACCCUGAGGCCGAUCCAGUGGCGCGUGUGGGCGGGCAAGGUCGAGCGCGAGGGCGAGCAAGGGUUCCUGAGGAGCAACGGCGAGGUGGAGAAGGACUUUGUCGGGAAUCCCUUCCGUGUGCUGGAGACGAGGCCCGGCUUCGUCGACAUCCGCACGCAGAGGAAGGAGUUUGCCGAGUGGGUGCGAGCUGGCGGCAAACAAUAG